ACAUUCACACUGAGGGACACAGAGGUAAUUAUAGAGACAGUAAAGUCUUUUUAUGCCAGGAAAAAUAAAAUGCUGGGUGUCUCUUGAAAUUUCAGAACCUGAGUCCAAACGGAUCCUAACAAAGAGGAAAUAAAACAGCAUGGUGGACUGUGCCACAGGAUUCAUUUGGUAAUGGACUGUCUCCACAUAUCAUUACCAUCAACAUAAGAAAAAAUGAUUAUUGUUGAUUUGAAGCUUGAAAAAUGAGCAGGCGCAAUUGCUGGAUGUGUAAGAUACGCAGAAAUGAAUCUAAGAGGCUUCCCUCAAACCUUACUUCAGAGGAAGUGUCAGAAUGGGCCCGAUCUUUUGAAAAUUUGAUGGCUACAAAAUAUGGUCCAGUAGUCUAUGCAGCAUACUUAAAAAUGGAGCACAGUGAUGAGAAUAUUAAAUUCUGGAUGGCAUGUGAAACUUAUAAGAAAAUUGCCUCACGCUGGAGCAGAAAUUUCAGGGCAAAGAAGCUUUAUAAGAUCUACAUCCAGCCACAGUCCCCUAGAGAGAUUAACAUUGACAGUUCGACAAGAGAAAGUAUCACCAGGAAUAUUCAAGAACCUACUCAAACAUGCUUUGAAGAGGCUCAAAAGAUAGUGUAUAUGCACAUGGAAAGGGAUUCCUACCCCAGAUUUCUAAAGUCAGAAAUGUACCAGAAACUUCUGAAAACUAUUCAGUCCAAUGACUCUUGA